CCAUAGAAAAACAGAAUCUGGUUAGCUCAGCAUCAAGUCCAACCUCAAAAUUUCCUUUUUCCUGUUUAAUAAAGAGACCAGUGUCAGAAUCAGAAUUUACCGUGAUAUGUUUUCAAGUUUUCACCACAGAACGAAAAGGAGCAGACACGCUAAGAUGACAGCUUGCAGCUUCAACAUCUUCAUCAAAUUCACAAUUUAUCUGGGCUUCAUCUUACAAUCGAGCCAUGGCUUUAAGGUGAUUCAGCCACAGAACCGGACCGUAAACCCCGAUGGGUCAGCCUCUGUCACCUGUGAACAUACCGCAGAUGUCAAGACUGUCGAAGAUGUUGGACUCAGAGCCAUAUCACUAACAGACAGCUUAGACAAACACCUGCUCUGCCGGAAGGGGAAGAAAGACUGUAAGAACAUUACCAUGCUUGAAGAGAAUCCCAACAAGUGGCUUUUCGUCAUACUCAACAUUGGGCCACAGGCAAUGAACAUGAAGUACGAGUGUGAGUUCACAGUGCAAAUAAAUGAUCUAGAUUUCACCGAGAAAGGAACACCAACCAUACUGCUGCCAGGUCAAGAGGAAGCACCCUGCGUACCUCAUCCUACACUUCCUCCUGCGUCUCAUCAGCUCAGGUGGAUUCUGAUUGGUCUGCUGGCUCUGUUCUUUCUGUACUGCUGUGUCAUCACCUCCUUCUACAUCAGUCUGAGGUGCUGCAACCGAGAGCCCGAUAACUGCACCUAUGUAGAAAUGAGGAAAGCUCCUCACCCAAGGAAUCCACCUAUGGACAUUUAUUGUGGGUAGCUGGCUCGUCUUUCUUCACCUCUGGUCUCAUGCUGAGUGUAAAGAGAGGGAACACAUGCAGCUGGUAUCAUAGUCUCAAUCUUUUUUUAUAUAUGUGUUUUUUUCUAACUUAGUUGAAAACUGUACUACUGAAGAUAAACAGCAGGGUGAGACAAAGACUGUCUAGAGCGACCAUGCCGUCUGCUACUGUACAUUAUGUGCACUCUGAUAUUAGCCAUUAUAUUCGAUAUAGGUGGAUAUGUAAGAAUUGUUAUUAAAUUAACCCUUUUCAAUCAGUGCUUUCAACAUCCAAGUUAGUGGAAGCUAUGUAAUGCUUACACUGAGUGAUUUCAUGUAUAUGAUCCCCACAAAUGAAUUUGUGUGCCUGUUUUAUGUAUGGCGAACUGUGACAAUUUUACAUUAUCAAUAACUUUCUAUUGAACUAAAUGGUGUAUGAUGGUGAACAAAAGUGCCAGGGCAAAGUAAACAGAACAGUAGAGAGAAAAUAAAGACAAGUUCCUGGAGAUAUUGUGGCCCUCAUCAAGCUUCUACCCGCCACCUAUUUUGUGUGGAUGAGCAAACGUCACUUUGUGGCGUGACCGCUGCAGAAGCAAAUACAUUUGAUCUUGCAAAAUUGAGGAAAACACAAACGAUAACUAAAAGGUUAACACCAGGGAAAGAGAGACCAGGAGGUAGGGAAGAAGGCAGACAAUGAAGUGAAUGAAAAACUGCUCUUUUAUUAAAACCCCAUCCUGCCACACCCCAAACCUCCACAAAUGGAUUUGUUUUUCCCCUGAUGAUGCAUGAAGUCCACAUCCCUUACAUUUACAUUAUAAAUGAUAAUGUUACUAAAUUGUGUUCAUUUCCAUUGUGUAUUGAAUGCACUUUAUUUUGAACUAUGUAAUUUGCGUAGCUUUUUUGGUCAUUAUGAUCACGCACUUGCACAACAAAGUUCAUACUAUUGUU